UGUUUCAGUUUAAAUGUUUAUAAAUCAUCUCUAUUCUCCGGGUUUGCCUGCUCUCCUGGGUUCCAUCUUCAUCCUUAUCCUCAUCUCUAGUUCACACGCCAGUAAAGCUACAAGAAGACAAGGGAAAAGUCUAGAGAAUGUAUUUGAUUUUCUAACGAAGUUUCUCAGACCUUUAAAUGAAACUGCUGCUGCAACAUCAAAUCCAGAUGUUGUUCCAGAAAUAAUUGAGAAAGUGUUCCUAAACGAAGCAUGGAUUUUAGUUGAAAACAGGUUUAGAGAACUUAUUAUGGGAUUACCGAACGAUAUUGAUAAUGCGAACCAAAAAAUUACUGAGGACCUUGCUAAGAGUAACUUGAUGGACUACACCGUGGCUGCCUCCUUCUAUUUUGGUGCCGGCUUUGAUACUACUGCUGAUCUUAUACUUAACGAACGAACAUUGGAGGAAUCAUUGGGAGAUAAAGAGACUCUGUACCUUUGGAUGUAUCUUUGGGGAUAUGCAAUUGGGUUCGCCGGACCCUUUUUUAUUGGGCUAGAAUCUCCCUACCAGGAUUGUGGUAGUACAGAUCUAUUGCAUUCACUGGCAAACCAUAAUCUAACCCUGGAGCAUACAAUCACACUCUCACAGACACAGCUUUUCCUCCUUACUAGAUCCUUCAGGCUCGAAGCGGAUAAAAGAUUGUUUUGUAUUCUAUCUAAGACAGACAGGUUCCCUGAGGCAACACUUGUGAAUUCAAGAAUAGAGGAGAUAGUGGAUUUAGUUCUCCUCUACAAUACAAUUCAAUCUAAAAUUGAGUCAGAAGUGGAUUUUGAAGCUGAAGUAAGUAUUGAGGACGAACAGUUGACUGAAUUGUCAACUUCUAUCCAGGAAUGUGAUGACCGGAUGAUUGAACUUUGGGAUAGUCUAGAAAGCAAGGUAGUAGCUGCAUAUGAGUAUGCAUAUGCAUCUAGAGUGAACCAUAACCUUAUAAAGGUUGUGAUUGGUAUACCUAAUAUUAUUGGGAUGGUAGCUGGUGCUCUAGGUGUCAUUGAAAGCAAGGAUUAUUCAACACUACCUCUACUAGCAGAUAUACCAGCUGUACUUUGGGAAAAUAUCAGGCAGUUCAUUUUUCAGGGGAGACCAUCUAAUGAUUUCUUUGUGAGUGAAGCUUUGUCAAUAAAUGGGCAUUUUUCUUGGGGAUAUGGAUAUACUGCUCCGUACUUCCUUGCGCUGGUCAACCCAGAACCUGGCUGCGGGGUCAUUGAGUUCUUGGACAUUUCCAGAAGUUACAGCGAGUUCAGGAACUUUACAAAAACCUUCGGAUCUGGCCGAGAUAUUGUUUCAGGAAGCGCAAUGUUAUCAGUUAACACUGUUCCCAGCUUUUCUUCUUAUAGAUUGAAAAGAUUUGGUCGAGAGCUGAAAACUGCUCUGCAUUGUUUGUUGAGUAGGAAAGAAGAACCAGCAUAUGAGCUUCUCUUCAUUAUAGAAACCUGGUUAGAUAUUGCACUGUUUAGGAUGGAUCUCACAGCUUCCGUCUACUCCUUGCUGGGAAGAGAUGUAUAGUUAAAGCGGAUAAAAAAAGAGGUGGAUGUAAAAGUCGUCAUCAUUCUGAUCUUUAGGCAGAAAAAAGUUUAAGAUGCAAAGUUUCACAAAGCAUUUAUCAUUGUAGUACAAACCUAAUCAAAAUAUUUUGGGGGAUGUUGAUAAAAUUUAUCAAUAUUUCAUCUUAAA